UCCACUGGCUACCUCCCACCCCAACCGGGGCUGGGGAUUGAACCUCCAACCCAGGUACUUUCCCUGGACCAGGAAUUGACCCCAAGACUCUUCAGUUCCGGGGCUGAUGAUCCAACCACUGAGCAACACCGACUAGGAAAGGAGCUGUGUGAGGAGUCUUUGCCCUGUAGGAUAGAGAUGGUGAGUGUGGGAGUCAGCACUGAGCCCUACCAUACCAGGUGGGAGGUAGAGACAGAUGAAACUGUCUUACAGCGGCGGCAAAAGCAGAUAGAUUAUGGCAAGUGCACACCUGGUUACCAGUGCUUUCUGCAGCAGGUCCCCAAGGCACAACGACAGCCAGGACUUCAUCCUCAAACACCAAACAAAAACAGGAGGUACAGCCGCCGCUCCUGGGAUGCCCAGAUCAGGCAGUGGAGAAAAGUCCUACAUUCCUGGGACCCCCCCAGCCAGCCUCUGCAGGGCCGGGGGGCUGAGGGGCAAGGAAUGGAGAGUCUCUUAGAACCAGUGGAUUCUACCCCUUUGAAUGACCUCCUAGAUGGCUAGCUCCAGCCCCUGGAACCCUAAGGAAAUCUAGAAGGAGACCAGAAGGGAGCCCAGGUAGUAU